UUUCCUCCCCGGAGCUGUGCUGGUUCUGCAGCUCAGUGGCGGCUAGGGCCUCUGUUCUGCAGGACGGGGUUUGUUAAAGUUGUCGAGAAUAAGGCCUACUUCAAGAGAUACCAAGUGAAAUUUAGAAGACGGUCAGAGGGAGAAACUGACUACUAUGCUUGGAAACGAUUGGUAAUCCAAGAUAAAAAUAAGUACAACACACCCAAAUACAGAAUGCUAGUUCGUGUAAGAGAUAACGUUGGUCAGAUGGCUUAGGCCCGUAUACAAGGAGAUAUGAUAGCUUGUGCAGCUUGUGCUCGCAAACUCCCAAAGUAUGGCGUGAAGGUUGGCCUGACAAAUUAUGCUGAAGCAUCUUGUACUGGCCUGCUGCUGGCACGCAGGCUUCUUAAUAGGUUUGGCAUGGACAAAAUUUAUGAAGGCCAAGUCGAGGUGACUGGAGGCGAACACAAUGUGGAAAGCAUUGAUGGUCGACCUGGUGCCUUCACCUGUUACUUGGACGCAAGGCUUGCCAGGACUACUACUGGGAAUAAGGUUUCUGGGGCCCUGAACGGAGCUGUCGAUGGAGGCUUGUCUAACCCUCACAGUACCAAACGGUUCCCUGGUUAUGAUUCAGAAAGCAAAGAAUUCAAUGCUGAGGUACACCGUGGAAAGCACAUCAUGGGGCAGAACGUUGCAGGUUAUAUGUGUUACCUGAUCGAAGGAGAGGAAGCUGUUUACGGAAAACAAUUCUCUCAAUACAUAAAGAACAAAGUAACUCCAGACAUAAUGGAGGAGAUGGGUGAGAAAGCUCAGGCUGCAAUACGAGAGAAUCCAGUGUAUGAGAAGAAGCCUAAGGAAGAAAUUGAAAAGAAGAGGUGGGACCGUCCCCAAAUGUCACUUGCCCAGAAGAAGUAUCGGGUAGCUCGGGAGAAGACAAGCUUCCUUAGAGCUCAGGAACGGGCUGCUGAGUUAAUAAACCAAACCACAAUUUCUACGAAGAUUUUUCAGAUAAAGACAGGUGAAGCCCAGCUAGGAAUGCGUAGGAAGGGAGGAAGAAAAGGCUGCCUCCAUGAAGAUCUGGUGUGUGACCCCUAUGAAGAUGUUUCUGCAUCUGAAAGCAAAGAUGACCUAACGUGUAACGCACGACUCGGAACUGUAACGUCCAACGCUACCCAAAGGGCCACAGGUGAUGACGGCAAAGACUACAACAAGGGAUGA